CGUCCACGGCCACAUGUUACACGCCUUUAUCUGUUUACACCUUUGACUGUCACCUGAUCUCUACAUAGACUCGUUUGUUUUCAUUAUAAUGUCAGUGGAGCUAUAGGAAGGUGGUGAAGUUAUAUGUUGCUAUUUGUUGAAUAUCAAUUUAUAAAUGUCUUCGCCACAGAGACUAGCUGUUAAAUUGUGUAGUGUGUCGCCUAACGCGUUGAAAACUGCUGAAAGAAGUCAAUUCUUAAGUCCAAAAACGCCAGUUAAAGCUACAUAUAGAAAUAUCGAAAAUAACGGUCGUUUGUCUCCUUUCAAUCUUGAUACCCCUAACAGAAGGAGGAUACUAGAAGAUGGUCUUCCAAGUAAACAUGGUACAGUACUCGGUAGUGGUGCAUUUGGUACCGUGUAUAAAGCUUCCUAUAAAGGUGAUCAGGUAGCAGCUAAAGUAAUGCAAACUGCAAAGUGUACAGGUGCAUUAAAUUCUGAAAUGCACGCUUCGUUUUUAAGACAUUCCAAUAUAGUGAAAAUCCUCAUGAUAGAACAAGGUACUUGUUUAUCUUUAAUAACAAUGGAAUUGUGUGGUACUACUUUGCAAGAUCGUCUGGAUAAUACAGCAUUGAGUAAAAAUGAAAGGGUUUCCAUACUGAGGGGCGUCACGUGUGCGCUGCAAUUUUGUCAUAACGCUGGUAUCGUGCACGCAGACGUGAAACCCAAAAACAUUCUAAUGUCUGCAGAUGACCAACCAAAACUGACUGACUUCGGUAGUUCUGUACUAAUAGGGGAAUCGGAUGAAACCUUCGAAUUCCAUGGUACUCCCGGUUAUACAGCACCAGAAGUAUUGAAAGGUUGUAAACCAACACCCGCAGCAGAUAUUUAUUCUCUUGGUAUUGUAGCUUGGCAGAUGUUAUCUAGGAAAAUACCAUUUGCCGACUUGCAUAGCCACACAGUAAUAUAUCUUUCUGCAAAGGGGAAUCGUCCUAAAGAUAACCAUUUGAACGAUGAAUUCAGUGAUGGUUAUAAAGCUUUAUACAGGAAAAUGUGGUCACAAAGUGUUACGGAAAGACCUACGAGUAACCAAAUCAUUAGAGAAAUCGAUACACUCAUAGCUCAAUAAUAUUCGCUUCGUAUAAUAAUUCUAAAGACCAGACCCUUUCAAUUUUUUUAUUAUAUGUAUACUUAAAUUAAUGUUUACAUUUUUAUUAUACAAAAUAUUAAAAAAAAAUAUUAUUUUACGUGUCAGGCAUUUCUCCACCAGGUACAAGCUGUAACAGAAAUGUUCGAAUGUAAGAACUGUAACAAUAAUUUUACGCAAAAGACUGUACCUUGGUGAAGUAUAAUCAAAUAUACAAAAAAUUGAUUCAGAUA